UUACAUUAUUUUUUGCCACCCCUAAUACCAGGGAAAAAAAGAAGAGAGCUUAUUAGGAACGACUAUGUUCUUCUAUUAUCGAAAGUGGAAAGAAAAUUCGAUCGGAAGCGGCAUUUGGAAAAUGGGAUUUUGAGAGGCAUAUGGUUCAAUCUUCAAUGAAAUAUUUCUGUCAAGGUAGUGACUGCUAGUCUUCUCAGAUUUGUCAGUCGGGUUGUUUGAUCCACUUUUGAAAAACUACUGUGUUCCCCUCUUUAUAACAGUCACCUGCCUCUCGAAUGAAUCACAGGCAGUGUGACACGGAAAUGUCUGACAUACCUACUGAAACAAUAAUUCAGCCUUAACAUAGGGAUAUGAAGCGAAUGUAAAAUAAACCUGACGUUAAAAUCUAAACACUAAGAAAAUAGUUCCUUCGUCCGUUCUUAUUAGUUCUAAAAUGUGUUACCGUGAAAAUAAUUUACAGGUUUAUGUAAGUUACCCAUUGCAAUUAAAACUGCUUUUGUCGCUGCGAAAACAGUUGAGACCUUGCAUUUUCGUUAGCACAAUUUGUUUCAACACACUGAUUUCCGUAACCCUUGUGAUGUUUGUAUCUUAACUAAGUGUUGAUGUUUACUGCUUGCCAACAUUACAAAUAACAUAUCUCAUGUAAAUAGUACUAAUUGGAUUAUUUGUAUCUAUUGUAAUUUUUAAUUGUAUACCUGUCUUAUCAUACGGAGUGAAGACAGAUAUAGAUAACAAAGAAGAUUGUAGAAAGUAUCUAGAAAGUCGUAUAACAUGUACCGCAUCGAUGCGUCAUCUAAAGGGUUUUUCCAUGUAGAGGUUGGCAUACGUACUAUACCGUAAAACUUUAUUAAUUUUGAGGUUAAUUCUCGAAAAAAGUUGUUUUCGUUAUUUUUUUGAAAAACACAUGUACCUUAAAUUCAUAAUAUAAUAUCACACGAUAUUAUUAAUUAACAUAUUUCGAGCGUACUUGAUUUUGCAUACCAGAAAGUGUUAUUUCCAACUAUCUUGAAGCCAUCGACUUACAGACUUUAUGACGAUUAUGUUGGAAUUAUUCUAGAAUUUAUAGUAACGAGAAAUGAGUACAGCAGCAGCUAAAUAUUUCUCAAAAUUGAAGUCGACGUCCGAUUCUGAGGUGUACAAGACUUUAUUAGAAAUUCGGAAGAAUGUGUCCAACACGAAAGGAGGUGUCGAGCUUCUUCUAGACAAUAAAGUUAUUCAGAUUUUAGUUCAUUAUUUGCGUAAACCAAACGAGAACAUCGUAGACGUAUGUUUAAGUAUUUUGGGGAAUGCGUGCUUACAGAGGCCUGCACGGAACCAGGCAUUAGACGCAGGAGUGUCAGAAGCUCUUGUUCAGUUACUGCGGCAAGAGGAACAGAGGGAUAGUAUUCGAGGAAGAGCUUGCCGUCUUGUGGGGAACCUUGCACAGGACCGCACGUUGGCAGACAGACUGCACCGUGCUGGUAUUUCAUCUGUUCUAGCUCCUAUGAGCGGUUCAGACGGUACUAACUCUUUAGCUACCAUUCAGAUGCUAGUGAGAGCCAUCAGAUUGCUGUGGAGUGUUUCUCAGUAUAGAACAGAGAUGUUGGAACUCAAUUUGGUCCAGAAUGUAGCAGUUCAUUUGAAGACAUCACAGGAAAGUGCUGUGGGGAAAGAACUUGUGAAAGCGGUGCUCAAGGCACUCGCUGUGAUAACAAACCAUUGUACUGAUGUUUGUGCUGAACAGGUACAUGCAGGAUCCUCCAAAUUCACAUCUCUGUUACCACUGGCAGCAGAUCCGACUCUACGAGAAUCAGUUCUUAGUACGGUUUUGAACUUGUGUCACAUAGAAAGUCAUAGGCCUGAAUUGGGAAAUGCUGGAACUGUUGAAAUACUCUUAGAUGCUCUAAUGGAUCCCAGUAUAUCAUACACAGAUCUGCUUUACCAGACUGCCUUUAAUGCCUUGUGCCUUCUGACUCGUGAAUCUGUAAACCGUGCUAAGAUUCGACAUGCUGGAGGACUUGCUGUUCUUUUAAGUGCCUUGCAUCGUGGGACAGAACCAAUAGCAAAUGCUCAGAGGACACAUGCACUCCAUGCUCUAGUACAAUUUGCGUAUGAUGAUCUGGGCAUGACAGAGUUGCUGCAGGCUGGACUUUUUGGAGCACUAUCAACACACCUAGCAGCAUCUGUAGAACGUUGUGGUCCUAAUCAUGGACACAAAAUUCAUGAAAGAAACAGGGAUAGGUCAUCCAGCCAUCAGAGCAACAGAAAGAGAGUCCGUGUUAGCAGCCCAAGCUAUGUUGCUGUCAAGAAAGAGCGAGAGCUUAGCAGGUCGUGGUCAUCAGAUUGUAUGGAUGGCAAUGAUAUUCAGAUGAUAGGAGACUGGAGCCCAACUAGUUCUCAUAGCUUUUGUUUCUCACCGGAUGGACCAUCUUCACCAUCUCCAAGUUCAGCUUCGUCUUCUCCACCACCAACACCAACAGAAUAUGACUGGCCUGAUUUAUACUCUCCUGUAACAGCUGAAUAUAAUGAAAGCAAUGAUGAAGAGGAGAUGGGAAUUCAGGAAUCAUGGAAAGACAUGAUUGAAGACAGUGAAGCUGAUAGUGAUACUGACAUGGGACCUCCAGAGGUACCUCUCCCAUGCAGUGGUAAUGAUUUGGGCUAUAUCCUUGUGUUGCUUUCAAGAGUUUCACAUAUGGACUCACUGUCUGAAGGACAGGCAUUAGCACCUACUCUUGAAACACUGAUAGAUUACAUUGUGCAGAUGGAGACAGCACAGCAUUGUGCUUCCAAGAUUCUUGCUCGUAUAAUAAGAAACAGGAAAUGCUUCUUGCCAUUAGUCCAGCAAGGAUUUGUGCUUUCUGUUCACUGCCGAUGCAUGUUGCCCCGACAUAAAGACUGUGAGAAAUGUUCAGGAGUUGAAGCAUUUGGUGCCACAAUAUUGCAACAAAUAUCUGUACAGGCUGAAUCAUCAUUUGGGACGGGUGAAAUGGAACAUGUUCUACAUUGUGGAGAAAAGGAAGUUCGUGCAGUUCUUGCACUGAGCAUACCUCACAUUAUCAAGAAUACAUCAAAGCUGCGUAAGUUGUUACUUGGAUGCCAUGCACUGGAUAUUAUUCUAUCAAUUUUGGACAGUCAAGAUAUGGAAAAAUGUUUGAAAUAUGCUCCCCACAGCCUCCAUGCUCUAUGCCUUUCACUCAGUAUCAGCAAUCCAGCUGAAAAGAGACAUUUCAAGGAAGCAUUAACAGAAUUUAGUCGCUCAGUUAAUGAUUCUUCGGAGACAACAGGCGACAAAUAUGUGACUAUCCUAUUAGACUGUGGAACAAGAAUAACUGCAGACCGAGAUAUAUUGUGUAGGAGCUCUCCAUUUUUCUCUGCAAUGAUGUCAGAAACAAGCAGUUGGAGUGAAACAGGAAAAAAGGAGAUAACAUUGCAUGAUGUAGCUGCCACACCAUUGAGGCUUCUACUCUCAAUAGCUGUCCAUGGCCAUCCAACAGAAAGCCUCUACAAGAAAGCUGGUCUUACAGAUGUUCUUAAUACCAUUGCUUUGCUUGACAGAUUUCUUUUUGAUGGUGCAGACAAGCUGUGUACAAUGGUUCUGCAGAGAUUCUUGUCACCCAGCUCUGUUGCAUCAGUGUAUUUGCAAGCUGCACAAUGCGGACAACCAGAAUUGAUGACGUGCAUUCGACUAGGUGCGCUGAGAUAUUUACUGAUAGCUAAAAUGCUUCCUACAGAACGACAGCAUUCUUUCAGAUUGUUGCUGCAGUCACAGAAACGAGAUAUUUUUUUGUCUGAUAUUUCAAGGCUUCUUAGAAGUGAACUAACAUGUUAAAACUAUUAUGUAGCUAAUGUUUUUGUGCGUCUUUUACAUAAAAGUUUCUCUCUAGUCUGUCAUAUUGACAGGAAUGUAAAAUACUAAAAUAGCUUAUCUCUUUUUUUUUUUUAUUUUGUUAAGUUUGGUGCUAUGUGAUAAUUUACUGUACCUGAUAUUUGUAACUGAUGUUCCCUGAUACACCUUGUGAAGCCAACCAUUUGUGAGAUUAUGGGGAUCUAUAUGAGACAGGGAGUCUGCUCUUAGGAUGACAUUGUACCUUUUUGAGAAAGUAGUGCACUGUUGCACACAGCUGGCUAAUACAGAAGUUAUUUUAAUAGGAACAUGCUGAGAAGGUUGCAAAUGGAUCCUCAUGUGACAGACAAAAUAUUGAUGUUUGUAAAGGGAAUAUGGGUAAAGGGAAUCUACUUCCAAAUGACUGUUGGAAAAAUGUAGAAAAACAUAAUUUGCAACCUUUUGGACCGAGGGGCUUCUUCUUCUAGAAGAGUGGAAAAGUUUUGAGGGAGGGAGAAUGGCAAGGCUUUGUUCAGUAUUUUCUGUCAGAAAGCCACUGUCUCUUAAUAAAUGAGCAAUCUUUUUUUUUUUAUUAGAUGAAUGUAAUAUUUACAGUUUCUACAGUAAUACAUAAACACAACGCACUGUCUUUUUGUAGUGGAAGAUUACUUUUCCCUUUAUUGUUUUCUUUGUGUUGCAUUCUUUCAAUUCUGUACAUUAACCUUCAUUAUGAUACAAAGUUAGAGCAAAAUAUAAAAGCAUUAGGCCAUUUACUUUUUGUAAUAAUGUGCUAAAGAUAAUAAAAUAGUUGAAAGGUUUCCUUUUUAACACUCUAAAAGAAAAUGUUAGAAAUGUAGUCACACAACACUGCUAUUUUAUUCAGUGAUUUGAUACACCCUUUCGUCUUUGCUACUGGAAAGCAAUGAAUUAUCUGUAGCAGAAUGAUGGUUUAUAUAAAGUGAACAUCAUUCUUUGAAAAUUGAUAAUUUUACAAUUCCUCAUGAUUACUUGACACGUUUUUUAACCAUAUAUUUAUACUUACAGCAAUAUCCCACUCAAACUAUACUGCAUUAUUCUAAAGACAUAUUUUGUAAAUGCAUACAAAGUAUCAAAGUCAGAAGUGUAACUUUUGUUUAGUGGACCUAACAUGAAUGUUGGAAACAUUGUAUGUAAUGAAACUUCACAACAGAUUAAAAGUUUUUGACUAAACAGUACUUGAAUGCAGACCCAUACUUACUUAUUGGAGAGUGAAUGUGUAAUGUUUGAAACAAUUAUGUAGGCUGUGGCUUCAUUGUACCAAUCUGCAUCCUGUCUCCUACAAACUCUAUGUCAGUAAGCUUUGCGAAAGAACCUCUGCACAGUUUGCUAGGAAAGGAGUGCUACAAUAUUGAGGCUUUAGGUAAUGCCAUGGGGCAUGUUAAGGGAACUCUAUUGGUAGAACAUUCCCAGUGAAAGGAAAAGUUUAGUGUUCAAGUCCUGACUUGAUAGCAGUUCUAAUCUGUGAGGAAGAUAAAUAACAACAUUGGAAAUAUAGGGUGGAAUAUGAGCAAUGUAAUGAGUGUAGAAAACUCAUCAACAUGUCAUGUCAGCAGUUUCCCUGUGUUCUAUCUUCCCUCAAGAUUUCUCAAGCUAUCUGUUCCUGUGUACCGCAUGUCAUUACCAGAAUGUAUUGAGACAAGCUUUCUCUGGUGAAAUAUUCCUUCUCCUUCUCCUAGACAUUGCCCUCCAUUUCCUCUUGACUCAUGUUCGCUUCUCCCACACCACUAAAGGCAAUACCUUGCACCUGUUAGGCAGCAAGAUUGGGGCAAUGUAGUUUUUCCAUACAUGUAUGCAUGUAGUCUGAGAAUGAAUACAAGUUUCUCAGCUGAGCUAAUACAUACAAGAUUUUGUUUAUAGGUAUAUCCACCAUUCUGUAUAAGCCUCUGUAACAGAGUGAGCAGCUAUCUGUACUUAUUUCUUUAGUUACAGGUACAUACAUGACUGCAGAGUGAAACUUUCAUUCAGAACUGUCUCUGGUAUCGAGGAUAAGAUAACCAAUAUGUUAAUAAUUUUUCUGUAUUUCAUAUUCUUUACUACAACAGAAACAACAGUCAUUGUCAAAUAUAACAUUUUCACAUUUUCAUUUAAUAAAGGGAGGGGAGAGAGAGAGAGAGAGAGAGAGAGAGAGAGAGAGAGAGAGAGAGAGAGAGAGAGUGAAGAAAAAUUCCACGUCUUCUUUUUUUUUCUCUUUAUUGCUAAAGCCUGAUUACUGCAACAAAAAAUGGAAACCUAAACUUGUUAAUAUAAAUGUGAAAGGCUCCUGUUAUAAAUAUACAUAAAUUUUAUAAGUUAGAGAACAAAGAGAAAAUGAGAAUAUUUAGUGCUGCCAGAUAAGUACAGUGAAUGUGAAGCAAUGGAGGAAACAGGUGAAAAGAAAUGAAAAAAACUUUUUAGUAUAAUUUGGAACACAGAGAUGUGAAUGCGUUACACUGAAGUAUCACUGCAGUUUUUGAGAUGAGCUCACUUUGCUGAAAGUUACCAAAAAGUCAAAGAUCCAAUUGCAAUCUCAAGUGUACCACACACUUUAAAUUUGUCAGGAGAAACCGUUACUUUUGGUACACAACACUAAUUAGGAAAUUUCAUCAGGGCCCCAAUUUUAAGCCUAUGCUAGAUAGUUCUAGAAGUCAUCAAUAUUGCCUGGAGCAUAUGCGCUGCUGCACCAUCAGAUGAAAACCGACAUGGAGUCAGAAAUUAUUAGAGAGAGGUACAGACAGAUAGAAGCUUUGCAUCAGUUCAUUAUGUAUGCUUGGAGAGUUCAGCUGCUAGAAUGCUGUCUAUGGAAGGCAAAUUCUAGAAUAGUGUUCCAGUUUGACCCUCAGUUUUAGUAUAAAAUAGACAGCCAAGAAUCCAGGUAAUUUAUAGGACAUUAUACCAGACAUAUGUAUGAAGAGAAGCAGAUGUUGUUAUUGUUCUUGUUGUUAUUGUGUUGUUAUCUUUUCUUUGCAUUUAUUACUGGAAUUCAUUUGUUUCCCAUAGUCAAUAAUUCUGUGAAAAGGGACUGCUAAAUAUAAUUGUAAUGUGUUUGUUAGUGGGAAACAAAAUGAUAAUUAUUGCUUUAUAAUUUUUAUUGUUGAGGAAAGUGUUUCAGUUUGGUUGGUUGUUUGUUGCAAUAGCUUAUACUAAAGUGAUACUUAAUUGCUUGCUGAGUUAUCCUCGUGAUUAAACUACCCACUUUUUCGAAUGUCUGUCCGACAUUUUCAUUUGUUUGUGUACUUGAAAUGUUUAAUUGAAAUAAAAUGGGCACACAUAUUGUAUAAGGAAGUUUUAUUAGUCUCCAUUGACAGAACUUAUCAGCUGAGCUGUAUAAUUUUACGAAGCACUUUUCCACUAGAAAUUUGCAUGUAACCUGUGCAAUUUUACAAUUAUAUAUAGUUGUACAUUAUUUGUUUGAAUAAAAAUUAUUUAUACAAUUGUUUAGCACUUUCCUCAUUGUUUA